UGACGAUGACUACGCUAGUUGAGGAUCAUUCUGUUGGUGGACGAGAUGAAGAUAUCGGAUUAAGUUGUGAAGAUUUAUUGGAUCUAAAAAUUGAUUCGUCCUCUCGUCUACUAGAAGAUCCUUGUCCACCAGGUAAUGUUCUGGUGUUUCCCAAUAACCCUGGUGUUAAAACCAGAGGGAGAAGUCCAAGUCAUCAUGUCGGAAAAAAUCAUGCGGAAAUGGAGCAACGCGAAGGAGCUCGUCUUCCUUCGUCCGAUGACACCGUCUGCUCAGAUGCGAGGGUGGAGGAGGAAGCGGCAGCUGUUUCUACGGCAAAGAUAGAGGGUUAUAAUGACGUUGAAGACCACGAAGAGAAUGCUGCUGCUCCCACAGCUUCACAACCUCCACCUCUCGGAGGUGGUAAUCAUGCUGGCUCAUCAGCUGCCUCGCAAGAAGAACGAGAGGCUUUGCGAUGCCAUGCCUGUGGAGAAGAGGGACACUAUGCACGAGACUGCGCAAAGAAAGCGGAAGUCAUUGUCUGUCGACACUGCGGUGAAACGGGACAUUUUCAACGCGAGUGUCCCUCGCUACUUCAUCCAAGGUAUCACGGUGUGUUGCGAUGUUCAUCCUCCGCGAGUCAGAAUGCAGCUGAUGGAAUUGGAAAUUACGAGCCCCCCUCUAGAAGAACCGAAGCAUCAAGUGCAAGUGCGUGUUUCGCUAGACGCUUCAUCUUGUUUGCGCCGCACAAGGCUCUUCGCGCAGAGCAGCAACCUUGUUCUGGAGUUGAAGAUGUUGAAAACUCUAUUUGUGGACGAGGAGGUGGAGGAAAGAAAAACAAGGGAGGUGCUUCUGGUACACCCUCGCCGGCAAAGAGGAAUGGGAAAGGGAAAUUGAACACAGCAGUUCCUGAUGAAGAUAAACGAAUGCAAUCUUCGCCAGAUCAAAAAGAAAGGGAACACUGUCCUGACGAUCCUUCAUCGAGUAGUAGAGCAGCUCAUGCUCAUGCUAUUCAUCGUCAUCCUGCUGUUGCAUCCAAUUAUAGUAAGCCAGAAAUAAAGCCAAACAUAAAGUUACUCCGUCACGACGUUAUAGCACGGAUGAUUAUUCAAGCCUUUUUCCUUGGCCAUGGGAAGCGGCGAAAUGUUCUCUUCGAUAUCUGGACUUCUCACGCUUACUACCGAAUAAAGCCUUCAGAUAUUGUUUCUAUGAGCGAAGCCUGGCUCUGCAAGUGGCUAGCGAACGGCGUCAUUCAGCGUUUUGAGGUACUAAAAGGAAGGACCACGCAAAGUUCUUUAUUUGUAAACGAGCAGCAACUAGGAGCUUCAAAUUUCAUACUUCUAGAUGAAGGCUUGCAGUAUCCGGAGUUGCCGCGUUAUUUGCUAGAUCAGCGGAAACGCUUAUCUUGCAGCUUCCACAAGAUCCACAAGACGGGGAGUUCUGCAGAAAAAUACAGGCAGGUAAAGCAUACAGAAGAAGGCUCAUCUACUGGUGGCGGCCAUGAGGCCAUACUAGGCUUGAAGAGCGGGAAGCCAAAAAGUGGAACAAGAAGUAGUGAUUGUGAUACGGACUCCUGGGGUCCGCCAGAUGAAAAUGUUUCAUCAGCCGAAGCAGAGGACGAAGACAAGAACAACUUUUCCCUGAACGACUUCCUCGAUGAUUCGGCAUUCAUCUUGGGGGAUCAUGAAGGUGUACCUCAGAAAGAGUUGCUUGAGUGUUUCGGUGACCAGAUACACAGAGUUCGCCUCUCUGCCUUGCCGUUGCUAGGAAGCUCUUGUGUGGCAAUUCUUCACUACCUCCUUGACGAAGUGCAUGCAUGCGCAAGCUGGUGACGUCUUUGUCAGACCUAGGAAAUUGCUGAAAGUCACCUCCACAUCAGAGUUUUCCCCUUCUACUUUGUUGAGAUCCCCAUUCAUUGCUUGUUUCACCACGUAGAUCAAAAAUGCAAGACUUUCACAUAAAUUGCGAGAAGCACUGGCGAUGGCAUCGUUCCUCUUGUGCAUGUGCAGCGUGCAAGUCGGAAGCAG